GAUGGCACUGAAAAUUAAAAGUCAAGAACUCAAUGAAGUUGAAGAGAAAAAUCAGCGUGAGAUGCAUCAUGAUUUCAUGACGGGUGAAAAACCUAGACAGACUGAAAAGAUUUCCUCACGAAAAAGAGCUCAGAAGACCAAACCUAACAGUUCUAAUCGAACACGAAAACAAAACCUUGAAAUCCACAAGAGUGUUCGCACUAGAGAGAUGUUUAUAUGUGAUCAGUGUGGAAAGAGUUUCUCAGGCACGAAAUGCCUUAAAAUGCAUGCAAUAAUUCACUCCGCAGAGAGACCUUUCAUGUGCCACCAGUGUGGAAAGACUUUCAAAUUAAAGAAAUACCUUACGACUCACUUGAGAGUUCACACAAAAGAGAGGCCUUUCACCUGCAGACAGUGUGGAAAGAGCUUCUCACAAGAAGCACAUCUGAACGCUCACUUGAAAGUUCACACUGGAGAGAAGUCGUUCACGUGUGAUAAGUGUGGAAAUAGGUUCGCACGUAAAAGAGACCUUAAUACCCACAUGACUCUUCACACAGGAGUGAGACCUUACAACUGCAAAGUGUGUGGGAAGAGUUUCUCAUGCAAAGGAAAUCAUAACAGUCACAUGAGAAUUCACACGGGAGAGAAGCCCUUUAUAUGUGAUCAGUGUGGAAAGAGUUUCAGAUUUAAAGCAACUCUUAGUUACCACAUGACUAUUCACUCAAGGGAGAACUGUUUAAAUUGUCAUCAGUGUGGAAGGAGUUUUACAGACAGAAAUGAUCUUAAGACUCAUGUAACGACUCACACUGGAGAGAAGCCCAACAUGUGCCAUCACUGUUGCAUCUGCAGAGUCAUGUGCUUGUGA